AGAGACUGAAGAAGUGAAUAUAAAAAGGGUUUGUGAGAGGCAAAGAGAACCAGAUCCACCAUCUCCAUCCAUUCUGCAAGACAAGAGACGGUUUGAGAAGAUGUGGAGGUUAACGUGUGUCAGUUUGGCCCUGCUCUUAUCUGUUCAAGGUUCACUUUCUCAGUUGAAUGUUUGUGGACAAGCUCCUCUAAACACCCGUAUUGUGGGUGGUGUGGAUGCCUUUGAGGGGUCGUGGCCGUGGCAGGUCAGUCUGCACAGCUCCACCUAUGGAGGUCAUUUUUGCGGAGGAUCCCUCAUCAACAAUGAAUGGGUGCUGACGGCAGCUCACUGUUUACCUGGUGUCAGUGCAUCCAGUCUCCGUGUGUACUUGGGAAAGAGGACACAACAGGGAGUCAAUACCUAUGAAAUCAGUAGAAAUGUCGUCACAAUCAUCGUUCACCCCUCCUACGACAGUCAAACCAGCGACAAUGACAUCGCUCUGCUGCGCCUGUCCUCCACCGUUACCUUUAAUGACUAUAUUAGACCCGUGUGUCUGGCAGCCCAGACCAGCGUCUUCAGUGCCGGCACCAGCAGCUGGAUCACAGGAUGGGGAAACAUUCAAUCUGGAGUGAGCCUAGCUGCUCCUGGGACUCUGCAGGAAACUAUGGUUCCAGUGGUCGCUAAUGGUCAAUGUAAUACUCUGCUGGGUUCUGGAUCUGUUACCAACAACAUGAUCUGUGCUGGUUUAUUGGAGGGAGGCAAAGACACCUGCCAGGGUGACUCUGGAGGUCCAAUGGUGAGCAAGCAAUGUUUGGUGUGGGUUCAGUCUGGUAUCACCAGCUGGGGUUAUGGCUGUGCCGAUCCCAACGCACCUGGUGUUUACACGCGUGUUUCACAGUAUGAGAGUUGGAUCUCCACCACCAUUGUCCAGAAUCUCCCAGGAUUUGUCGUCUUCAACCCCUCAAGCACGUGCCAACCUGUUUCUACCACCUUACCUGUUUCUACUACAUCUCCUACUUCUACCACCUCAACCGCUUCUACUACCUUAAGAGAUGUACCCUCUUCUACUACCUUAAGAACUUCUACUACUUCAGCAACUACCCUAAGACCUCCACCCAAUCAGAAAAGAGAUGUGUGGGUCACUGCACAACUAUAUAAAAGGGACUGUAAGAGUCACUUUGUACCAAAUUACCACCAGCAUCCUGCUAAGGAACAGAGUGACUGUGUGAAGAUGUGGAGAUCAACGUGUGUGACUUUGACCCUGCUCAUGUGUGUAAAAGGUUCACUUUCUCAGCUGAAUGUUUGUGGACAAGCCCCUCUAAACACCCGUAUUGUGGGUGGUGUGAACGCCCCCGAUGGGUCGUGGCCGUGGCAGGUCAGUCUGCACAGCUCCACCUAUGGAGGUCAUUUUUGCGGAGGAUCCCUCAUCAACAAUGAAUGGGUGCUGACGGCAGCUCACUGUUUACCUGGCGUGACUAUAUCCAGUCUGCGUGUGUACUUGGGAAGGAGGACACAGCAGGGAUCCAAUGCCAAUGAAGUCAUGAGAACUGUGAGAACGAAAGUCGUUCACAGCUCUUACAACAGCAACACAAAUGACAAUGACAUCGCUCUUCUGCGCCUGUCCUCCACUGUUACCUUCAAUAACUACAUUAAACCUGUUUGUCUGGCAGCCCAGACCAGCGUCUUCAGUGCCGGCACCAGCAGCUGGAUCACAGGAUGGGGAAACGUUCAAUCUGGAGUGAGCCUACCUGCUCCUGGGACUCUGCAGGAAACUAUGGUUCCAGUCGUGGACAACACUCGAUGUAAUACUCUGCUGGGUUCUGGAUCUGUUACCAACAACAUGAUCUGUGCUGGUUUAACGCAGGGAGGCAAAGACACCUGCCAGGGUGACUCUGGUGGGCCAAUGGUGAGUCAGCAGUGUACAGUGUGGGUUCAGGCUGGUAUCACCAGCUGGGGGUAUGGCUGUGCCGAUCCCAACUCUCCUGGGGUUUACACCCGCGUGUCUCGAUAUCAGUCUUGGAUCACGAACAACAUCGCUCAGAACCUGCCGGGAUUUGUCACCUUCAACCCCCCAAACUCAUGCUCCUCUGCCAGCCUAACCUCAACCUCCUGUAGGGGAAGAUGCAACGAGAAGUACAACCCUUCAAAUCGCUGCAACUGCAAUACUAACUGCACGACAAAAUGCUGCAGUGAUUAUAGACAGCGCUGUGCCGUGUGAAGUAUGUCAUAAUUCCCUGGAUUAUUCAAAAACAGGUUUAUAAGCAACUCACUUGCACACAAGUCAGGUGCUAAAAGAUCUUUAUCUGCCUGUUCUGCCAGAGAUUUUACUUCAGCGCUGCUUUGGAAACGUUGCACAGUGCAAACAGUCUGUCACAGAUUGGCUUCACUGACUACACUCAGGGGUGUAAAUGUAUAUUGUUUAUGUUCAACAUAAGUUUAACAACAGCACCU